GAAGCAGGAAGAGAAGCAGAGUUAGAAACCAUCAGCAGCUCAGGAUGAAGGUCUGUCUCACUCUGAUCUGCCUCUUCUUCCUCACAGCUCUGCAGGAUGGAGACGCUGCAGGAACUCAUGCAGAAAAGGAAGGAGGAAACAUCACAGUUGGAUGUACAUUUAGUUUUUCUGGAAGCCCAAUGUACUUCUGCAAGGAAAACUGUGAAGGAGAAAAUAUUCUGAUUGAAACAAAAGAAAACACAGCUCAGAAAGGCAGAUACAGCAUUGAGUGGGUAAAAAAUGAUUUUAUGUCAUAUGUUCUCUAUGUGAGCAUCUCAGAACUGAAACGGUCUGACUCAGGACGGUACCGAUGUGGUUUGGGUUCAAUCGCACGUCGAUAUGAAGAUUUUUAUCUGGAUGUGACUGAAGCUUCAAACAGUUUAGAACCAAACUGGACCCUGGAAACUUUUACAGCAACAUUUCUAUCAUCAACUUCUGUAACAACAGCAGCAACAUUAACACAAAGGUUGAUUUCCUCUUCAUCUACAACCAUCCAACAGACCACAAUAUUAUCUGAACCCAAUGGUGAAACAUUUCUGCUGUUUUAUCUGGGUCUGGGUCUGGCCGUCCUGAUCGUCUUGUUAGCGACAGUUCUGCUGAUUUACUGCCAGAGGAAACGCUUCCAUCAACAGAAAGGUCGUCCAGCAGAAACAAAUCCCACUGAUUUAACAAUCAACACCAUUUAUGAGGAGAUCAGAGAGGAGGACAGAGAGAACAAACCUCCUGCUGGGGAAAUAUCUUCAGUUUAUGUUUACGUCCAACCCGACAAACCAAACGCAGCUGAAAGCAACGAAAUAUACAGCCUGGCCAGCGAACCGCAGGGGCAAGCUAAAGAUGGAGAAGCAGAGUAUUCUGAAGUGCAGUUGUUGAACGAUGACACCGGAUCCAACGGCGGCCAUCUUGGUGUUUCAGAUAACGUCACCUGCUCAGAACCUCAGUUAGAUAUGAGCUCUGGUAGCCAUGGAAACAGUUCAAAUCCUCUUUAUUCCAGCAUUACUUUAGAACAAGAGCUUUGCUGAUAUGGACUCAGCAACAGAGACGUAACCAAAAUCAGUAAAUAUGAGGCUUUUUGGAGCUACUCGUUUAUUACAGCUGGAAACGAGAGAUCAGGCCAAACGACAUGGAAAAAUAAACUGAUAAUUAGAUAAAAACACAAAACAUGUCAGCUUUAAGUAGAAAUGAGUUAAAAUGCAAAACAAUUGAGGGAAAUGGAAGACAAAUAUUUGCUAAUUUCCCUUUACAGUGUUUCAGCUCUGGAAGAAGAAUUAAAAAUAAACUAAAUACAACAUUGGAGACUGUAGCAUAAACACAGAAAACACAGGAGAGAUUGAAGGUCAGACAGAAUAAAAGCUGAUCAACCCAGAGAGAAGAAACCAGAAAAGAGGAGAGACAGAAUAAAUCAUCUUCAUUCCUGAACUAAACUCUGAAACAAUCAGAGUUCAAAGUUCAGAUAAAGAACAUUUAGUCUCAUGUUUUUGUAAGAAAAUCACCAAAAAUCAAUCUAAAGUUUCCUGUAAAUUAUAGAGGAGCUAAAUUAUUAAAUAGGUUUCCAUAUUUGAAUAAUGUUCCUUCAUUGAAUGUUACUGAAGAUAUUUGAAAGCUGAUCUAAUCGCU